AUGUCCGCGAAGCAACAGAGACCUUCCGUCCUAGUCACGGAUGCAAGAGAGAGGGCGGACCAGCGACGAUCGCCACGGCGCCCUGGGACUUCGUCUGGUGCCCCUGGGCGGACGCCGAUGCGAUUCAUGACGGUUGACAACAUUCUCCAGCACGACUCCCAGAUUCCUUCGGGCCAGCCUCGAGGGCCGCCGAUGCCAACACAGAGGCCGCAUACUUCUGGCGGCCUUCCUUCGGGCAAUCGACGCAUCACGGCCGGCGGCCUGCCAAACAUCCCAUCUCGCACCGGCAAGCCGAUCCCCUCGCGAACUACCAAAAUCAGCGAAAAGCUUGUGCUGCUGCCCGUCACCGAUGAACAGAAUGAAGAAGACGAGGAAUUCGAGGGAGAGGCGGCGAUCAACUUGAGCUUACAGGAUGAGGCCCAUCGGCCGUUGAGAGACGAGGAGCUGGAUGUGCUCCGGAAAAGGGGCGGUAUCCGUGGCAAGAGUUAUGCAGAACGGCUACCCAAAGUGCAGAGGACGGACAAAGUCAGUCGGCUGACGGCAUACUGCACUGCGCAAGCGUUCAAGACGAAAGAGACGGCGGAGUUUUUGAGGAAGAAACACGAGGCCAAGACCAAGCUCUACGAUGACUGUCUUUAUGCCAUAUACGCCCUCCCGCUGAUGAACGGGAUUGAAGGCUACAGAGUACGCAGUCGACCAAUACUGAAGACGCCCGGGACAGGAAAAACUGUGCUGGACUUGGAAAUCGAGCGUAGCGAACAGCGAGAUCACCACGAGGGUUAUUUUGACCACGACGCUUUUACUUCUGCUUCCGAAGACUCCAGCAAUGGCCAGAGACGGCCUUCUGCGUUUGCCGAUCCUUCUUCACCGCCAGACGAUGGUCUUUUGUCACCACAAGGCUCAUACCCUCCCAUCGACGACGGCAUUGCCUCCCAUAUGAGCCGCCUCGCGCCUGAUGCAAAGAACUUUGCAGAGAUGUUCGUCUUCUCGUACGGAGUGGUUGUGUUUUGGAAUUUUACGGAGCACCAAGAAAAGGACAUUCUGGCGGAUCUCACUUUUGCCGAUGCCGAGGACGGCGUCAACCUGCUUUCACGACCCUUGGACCAGGGCGAUUAUGAGACGGAAGAAUUCCAUUUCGAAUAUAGUCCCAAUGUGCAGCGGCCGCGAAUCUUCAACGACAUGAUUACGUUGCUGCCCCGAUCGGAUCAUAUGAUCAAGCUGACUAUUAGCCAUGCGAUUGCGCAGAGUACCAAGCUGUGCUUUUUCGAGGAGAGGAUGGGCGAGACGAUGCUUGAUGCGCAGCACGUCCCCAAGACACUGGCUUUGACAGGAGAGCUGGGCAUGACGAGGACGGAAAUCGUCAAGAUCAUGGGUCGGCUGUUCAAGAGCCGUGUGGAUAUUAAUCUUUCAUCAAAUAUCCUCGACGUGCCUAAUUUCUUUUGGGAUUCUGAGCCUACUCUGCAUCCAUUGUACGAAGCCAUCCGCGAGUACCUGGAAAUCGACCUUCGUAUCAAAGUCCUCAACGAGCGCUGCCGCGUGUUUUUGGAUCUCGCAGAGAUUCUCUCCGACUCGGACGCCGAUGCCAAGAUGAGCUACAUCACAUGGAUCGUCAUAGCUCUGAUUGUCCUGAGCAUCCUCGUCACCGUUACUGAAGUGGGCCUUCGCUUCGCCAUGCUCGAGAAGAGCAAACGCAAUGACGAAGAAGGCGGGAACAACGGCACCAGGUGCUCUGGAUCUGACGUGACGUGGAGCACCCAAGGCAACCCUGCCAUGCUGUCGAUGCCGGUUGACGGGACAAAAUAUGCGGCCCUGGGCUCGAGCGAUCUUGAGGUGUUGGCCCGCGCUCUAGGCUUGGAGGACCAGGCCUCGUUUGAGGAUGUAAGGCGCGGCAUUUGGCAUCUGAGGCAUGGCAGCGGCUCGGGAUUGCGGUACGACGGCCAGAUGGAGGACGUGGAUUGA